CCUGGAUUUUUGUUUCUUAGCACAGAAAUAACAUUAAAAUAGAAACCAGUUUGGACGACUUAGUAUCGGAGGGCCCUCCUUCCUUCUCAGUCCAAUAUUUCGAACUUAGUAUUUUUGUGAGCUGUGGUUUUGGAGGUAAAAAAAAAUGGCGAGAAUGGUGAGGAGUUGCUUGCAAUCGAUUCUGAAAUUGGUGAACUCUGUCAUGGGAAUGCUUGGCAUAGCCAUGAUUUUGUACUCCUUGUGGCUUAUUAGGGUUUGGCAGAGGCAAAUGGAUGAGUUCCCCUUUGGAGAUUCUGAUAAUCCUGUUCCAUGGUUCAUUUACACUUCCCUUGGCCUUGGGAUUGUGCUGUGUGUGAUAACAUGCUCUGGUCAUGUUGCUGCAGAAACUACGAAUGGUUGUUGCCUUUAUUUGUAUAUGUUGUUUGUGUUCUUGCUUAUCAUGCUGGAGGCUGCAGUCACUGUUGAUGUGUUUAUUAACCGAGACUGGGAGGCAGACUUUCCAGAAGAUCCAAGUGGGAGUUUCGGUCAGUUCAAAUAUUUUGUGAGAACAAACUUCAACAUCUGCAAAUGGAUUGGGCUGUCAAUUGUGACUGUACAGGGACUGUGUUUGUUGCUGGGAAUGAUAUUAAAAGCUCUAGGGCCAGAUCAAUACUACGAUAGUGAUGAUGAAUAUACUUCAGACAGGGUUCCACUUCUGCCAAAUUCUGCUCAUCCGCCUACAUACGUUGUUGGUGAUCCUGUCUAUGGAUCAAACUCUUCUUCCUGGGGUAUCAGGAUUAAUGGCAAGACAAACAGGUAAUCCAUAUGCAUCACUUGGGAGACACAAAAGUUGCAGAAAAUGUCUAGUAAUCAAAUACACCAUUGGUUGUCAGAAGUUGAUACGUCUUGAAAAUUGAAAUGGCAUCAAAGAUGGUAGAAAUGAAUGAAGGAAACACUUGCAGAUAUGGUUAUAGUUAAUAGCACUAGUCACUCGAUAACAAGUGUUUCCAAAACUUCCUAUGAACCCCACUUGAAAUCAUGUAAUUGUUUCUGUUAUAACUUUAUUCAUUUAGCUUUAUAGUUACUCUACUAGAUGAUCCAUGUUUCCAAUUAUAGUCACAAUUAUCAAAUAAUAGACUUGUACACGUUUUCUUUUUUCA